CCAUUCCGUCGCCCGCCCGCCCGCGUCGCACCGCGCCCAGGAUGAAGUCCGCCUUCGUAGUGCUUGUGGCCGCGCUGCUGUGCGCGGAGCGAGUGUCCUCUCUGGCAUGCUUCUCCUGUGAAAAUGCAGAGUCCAACCUGGAAUGCCUGAGCAUCAAGUCCUGCGACUCGAAAGACAAAUACUGUAUCACGAAAUACUUUGGAGGCGGCAUGGGUGAGAACCACAAGCAGUCCAUCAGCAAGGGGUGCUCCCAGAUCUGCCCCCAGGCCGGAGUUGACCUGGGCAUCAUGGCCUUCUCCGUGAAGUGCUGCGAGAGCACCCUGUGCAACACCAGCGGCGCCAUCAGCGUGCGGGGCAGCCACGUCAUGCUGCUUGUGGCCACCGUGGCCAGCCUCCUCUGUGUCUUCGGAGCCAAGCUGUGACAUGGGACUCCGCGGGCUGACGAAGGCCCCCGGGGAGGGGCCCAGCCUCCCCCGCAACGCUGCUUGUUCGGCAGAGUCAACUCCGUGUUUCCCAAGCGCUGCCUGCAACCUCGAUGUUCACUGAUCCCUGGCCGUGUCCUUUGCACCCCUUGGCACGUGUUCCCACAAACGUGGACCUUUUUCUCCGCCAAAGGGCAAAUCCUCUCCCUUCUUUCUCAGAAUAUUCCCGUGCUGUCCGUUGUCUGUUGAGAGUCUGUUCACAUAAAGUGCCAUACAGGGAUUACUCUUGUGUAAGCCCCUCACGUUUCUUCUCGAGCGGGAAAGGAGAGAGUCAGGCUGCCGUUCGCUAACGCUGGCCCUGAGCUUCUCGCUGCAAAGGGCAUCCUAGGGGGCCAACUUGCGAGUGGAAGAAUUCCGGGUGGGCACCUCAGGUUGCGUACCUGCAGGUUGGCCUGGGAAUGAGGGUGCGCCCGUGGCCUGCCCCUUCCUAAGAACAAGCCUGCAGUUCUCAUGAUGCCUCUGGGGUCUUCUGUAAGUUUGCUUGGAAAUUAGUUCUUUAACAAAGUACCGUUUUCCAAGAAAACUUGGCAAGGGGAGAACUUAGCUGGGAUAGUCCCCCCACCCCACUCGGGGAACUUAUCCCUGGAGAACCGGCUGCGUGGGCAGAUUCCCAGAAGGAAUUUUUGGCUGGGGGGGGGGGUGGAACAACGUAUGACACUUGAUCUACUAUUGGACUUUUUGUGGACUCCCUGAUUUGAGAGCCAAAAGUGGCCUGAGGAGGUUUUUGCUGGCUUCCCCUUUUGAAGCAGAUCACAAAUUAUUUGUGUACGUGUGUUUUAAAGUCGGUUGUGACUUCGGUAAAUUGCUAAAAUUUGCGUGACUUAACCCACCACCGCCUGCUUCAAAAGAGGAGGACUGUUUCUGGUUCAGCCUGUGUCCGGCAACCUGGCUCCAGACUCCGUUGAUGGAUGGAUGGAUGGACGGACGGACAGACGGGGGUGGGGGCAAACUGGUCCAGUCUGCUGGAUUUUCUCCUCCCAGCAGGAUUCCUUGCAGAUCCGUCUGUCUGGAAGGGCUCCGUGUUUGCACAAGAGCAAUGUUGCUCCCUUGAGGCAGAAGUCAAACUUGCACUGCUAGACGGAAAAUCAGAGCCAGCUGGAAAACUCUUGAGCUGACUCAGUCACGCCUCGGGAGACUUCCGCGCAUGGCCAGCCCCUUCAGGACUGUGUGUUUGUGCAACUCCGGGCGCUUUCUCAGGUUUACUUAGAAGUUAGUUCUUCUCUUCUGAGUGUCAAGGGAGGCUGUUUAGGGCGGCAGUCAGGUUUUGCUAGAAGUCACCAUAAAAUCAGUUACACAAAUCCCCGUCAAGGAGGAAAAGAAAUAAUCUUGUUUUCAGACAAUUGGUUGGAGUCUGAUGUUUCAUAAUUGCCACUCCCUUCACCAUGUACAGUGUAUUCUUCACACAAAUCUCUCUGAACCAGAAUUAAAAGAGAGCUUUUCCUAACCAUG